CAACUCUGACCCACAGCCCCCCCGGUGCCCCUCACUCCCAACCUACAGUCCCCCCCGGCUCGGCUGGUGCACCCCAACCCUGACCCACAGCCCCCGCGGUGCCCCUCACUCCCGACCUGCAGCUCCCCCGGCCCGGCCGGUGCCCCUCACUCCCAACCUGCAGCUCCCCCGGCCCGGCCAGUGCCCUUCACUCCCGACCCGCAGUCGCCUCUCCGCACUGGGCAGGAAAAUGGACCUGGGAGCAGAACCCAGGAGUCCUGGGUACAAGGAGUCCAUCUCCCCGAACGACAUCUCCGGCGCCCACUAUGGGCCGGAGCAGGAAGUGCGGGAUGAGGCACCCAGCAGAGCUCAGAGAGGCGCCCGGAGGAACCUGCUGGAGACCCAAAGAAGGAGAAUCCGCCCAGGCUGCCGGCUGCCAGCAGAGGCGCCCGAGGACAAAGCGGAAGCCCCGUCUGGCAUUGGGGACCUGGUUCUGGCAGCUGAGCUGAUGGAGAUGGCCUGGGUGUCCCCCUGCUAUGCCCAGCCCCGGGGCGGGACCCAGCUGGCCGUGCAGCAUGACCAUGGGGCCUACGGCGUCCCCCAGGAGCCGGCCGCGCUGGGCCGCAUGGUGCGGGAGCUGCAGGAGACCGUGCAUCGGCAGAGCCAGCUGCUGCAGAGUUUGCAGGAGGCCCUGGCCGCUAGCCAGGAGCGCUGCCAGGAGCUGCAGGAGAGGUCGGCGAGCGAGUGCUGGGCGCUGGCGUCGGAGCUGGGCCAGCGGAUUGUGGCGCUGGAGGCGGAGAACCGGAACCUGCGGUGCGAGCGGGAGCAGCUGGAGAGCCAGACGCAGGGGCUGCGGGAGGAGCUGGAGCGGAGCCGCGGCACGGUGCUGCACAUCAGCCACAAGCUGAAGGAGCAGGGGGACCGGGGCAGGCCGGGCCGGUUCUGCCUGGCCAGCGUCCGGGGCGACGGCAAGUGGCUGCGGUUCUACACCGGCUUUGGCAGCGCCCAGCGCCUGGCCGCGUUCCUGGCCUUCCUGACGGAGGGGGAGCCGCAGCGGGGGGCCGAGCCGGGCCCACCCAGCGCCCUGAGCCCCGAGGACCAGCUCUUCCUGGUACUCGUGCGGCUGCGGCUGGGGCUGCUCCUGCAGGAUCUGGCCUUUCGCUUCCACCUCUCCGAGGCCACCGCCUCCCGCUACUGGCUCAGCUGGACCCAGCUCAUGGAGACCCGGCUGGCCCAGGUGCCGGUGCGGUGCAGCCCGCGCUACGUGGAGCGCUUCGAGCCGCGACGGGCGGCGUGGGUCGGGGGCGUCCCGCUGGUGGUGUUGGACUGCGCCCAGCUCUGCUUCGAGGGCCGGGGCCGGCGGCUCUACGCCCUGCAGGGCUGCGCCCUGGCCGCCCCCAGCGGCUUCCUGGCCUUCUGCUGCAGCGCCGCCCUGCGGGGUGGGGAGGGGGCAGUGGGGCCAGGGCUGCCCCCCUUCCUGCGGGACGGCCCCGUGGCCCUCAGCGCCCGGCAGGGGGAGGCCAGCCGGCAGGUGCUCAGCCUGGCCGACAAGGCCUUGCGCUUCCGUUUCCUGCGCGGGGUCCAGCCCCCCGCCAUGGAGGGCCAGGUGGGGCGGGCCUGGGCCAUCUGCUGCUACCUGGCCUGCCUGCUGCAUGAACCCAUGGGGCUGCCCUAGGCUGUGGGGAUUCCCUGCUCCCCUCUGGCUGGCAGGUGUGGGGCUGGGCUAGAGGGCCUGGAUUCCCCCCCGACCGGGGCUGGGAGGUGUGGGGCUUGGCUAGGGGGCCUGGAUUUCCCCCCUUCCCCAGUGGUUGGGGGGAAGGGAAAUCUGGGGGCAUCCAAGGGGGAUCACUGGGGGUGGGCAGGGGGGGUCCUGCUUGCAGCUGAUCUGUGUGGCAGCCUGGAUAGGGCAUUUGGCCCUGCAGCGCCCCCUCUUCGGGGGGGGGGGGGCGGGAAUGUGUCCACACUGGAAGGGGCAAAUCCUGCUCCUCAGCUCUGGGAGGGGCUGAGCCCCCCCUCAAUUCCAGCCCACCCAGGCAGGAGGAUGGGAUGGUAUCAGGGCGCUGGAGGGAGCUGGGUCUAUUAUCAUUCCCCUUUCCACACAGCUGCGGGUAAACCGAGGCACAGAAAAAACAUGCUCAGCCAAGGGUGGAGCCAGGGAUAGAACCUAGGAGUCCUGGCUCCCAGAUACCCUGCCUCCUGGCUCUAACCACUAGUCAAGACUCCCCUCCCAGUCAGGGAGAGAAAUGGUGUCAAGUGGUUAGAGCGGGGGGCGGGGCUGGGAGGCAGGACUCCUGGGUUCUAUUCUCAGCUUUGCUGUUGGUUUCCUGCUCCUGUCCCCGGGCUCCAACUGUUUUAGGGAGACUGAGGGUGCCUGGGGAGGCAAUUCCCCACCUUGGCCAAAUGGGGGGAGGGGGAAUUGCUGCAGGGCCACCGGCCAUGUCCCUGCUGCUCUCUGUAUGGGUGAGUUUGUGGAUUAUUUGUAACACGUCCCCCGGCCUUUCGGCUGGAAAUAAAUCCUUUGUUCCUGGGAA